UUAAAAACAGACGUCUCAUUUUUAAUUUCGCAAAAGUUCAAUAGUUUAUCAAUUAAUUUGGUGGACCACAAGCAAAUAAACGCGAUGAAAUGUCAUAUCAGAAAGUGUGGAAUGUUAAAAUAAUGAAAUCCAAUGAAGACACCAUCCGUUAUUGUAUAAUACAUUGAAUGCUGGAGAAGACAUCAAACCUCAACGCACACACACCAAUAGCAUAUAUACAAAUAAGACAAAUACCUAUUAUCAAUAAUUAGACAAGUUUUAUUUUGAAAUAAUUUUUCACUUGCUCUGUUAUUUUCAUACGCUUAAUCUUCCAGUUGAGCUCAGAACACUUGAGGAAUAAUACAUUUCACGAGACAGAAGUGAAGAAGUCACCGGUAAAAUGCAGGCCAUUGGAUAUAACAGAAUUACCUUGCCGUUAUUUAACAUUGCACGAUCUGGCGUCUCUGCUAAACGAUCGUUCUCUUCUUUAUCGUACGCUGUUAAAUCCGCAACAUAUCCAUCGAGCCAUGAGAGAACUGGAAUUUUAAGUGCCGACUCUGUGGGCAAACGUGAAACGUUCGUUGGCCACGCCGGUCUUGUGCGCUGUGUAUCUUCAAGUUCUCCAGCUUUGUAUUCAUCCUCAGCCACGAAAAUGUCUGGAAACUCCAAGCUAUUGACCUCUUCCAUCCGGGAGAUUGAUACCGAGUUGUUGGACUUGAUCAAAAAAGAAAAGCAACGCCAAUCUCAGGGCCUUGAAAUGAUUGCCAGUGAAAAUUUCACCUCCUUGUCUGUCCUGGAAUGUUUGAGCUCCUGCCUGCACAAUAAAUAUUCUGAAGGUUUACCCGGCAAACGUUACUAUGGUGGCAAUCAAUUCAUUGACAAAAUCGAGUUGUUGGCACAAAAACGCGCUUUGGAAGCCUUUAAUCUCAAUCCCGAGGAGUGGGGCGUUAAUGUACAACCCUACUCUGGAUCACCGGCCAACUUCGCUGUCUACACUGGCCUUUUGCAACCCCACGAUCGUAUUAUGGGUCUCGACUUACCCGAUGGUGGCCAUUUGACUCAUGGUUUUAUGACAGCCAAUAAACGUAUCUCGGCUACAUCGAUUUUCUUCGAAUCGAUGCCAUACAAAGUAAAUGCCUCCACCGGUUUGGUUGAUUACGAUGGCUUGGAAGCCAAUGCUAAAUUGUUUAAGCCCAAGAUUAUUAUUGCCGGUGUUUCGUGCUAUUCCCGCUGUCUCGACUAUGCCCGUUUCCGUAAGGUAUGCAAUGACAACGAUGCCUAUUUGUUUGCUGAUAUGGCUCAUGUUGCUGGUUUGGUUGCGGCCGGUUUGAUUCCAUCUCCCUUCGAAUAUGCCGAUGUGGUCAGUACCACGACUCACAAGACAUUGCGCGGUCCUCGUGCCGGUGUGAUUUUCUUCCGCAAGGGUGUGCGUAAGGUUAAGCCCAAUGGUGAAAAGGUUAUGUACGAUUUGGAGGAUCGCAUCAACAAUGCUGUGUUCCCUGGUCUGCAAGGUGGUCCCCACAACAAUGCCAUUGCCGGCAUUGCAACCGCAUUCAAACAAGCCAAAUCUCCCGAAUUCAAAGAAUAUCAAACCCAAGUUAUUGCCAACGCUCGUCGCCUGUGUGAGGGUCUGAUGAAGAAGGGUUACAACAUUGCCACCGGCGGUACUGAUGUGCAUUUAGUUUUGGUCGAUUUGCGAAAUGUUGGUCUGACUGGUUCUCGUGCCGAAUAUGUUUUGGAAGAAGUGAAUAUUGCCUGUAACAAAAAUACUGUACCUGGUGAUAAGUCUGCCAUGAAUCCAUCUGGUAUUCGUUUGGGCACACCUGCCUUGACGACCCGUGGUUUGGUUGAAACUGAUAUUGAUGCUGUUGUGGAAUACAUCGAUGCUGCUCUGAAGAUUUGUGGUGAAGCCAUGAAGGUGUCCGGCCCCAAAUUGGUUGAUUUCCAAAAGACCGUACAUGAAAAUGCCGAGAUUCAAAGUAAAAUCGUAGCCCUACGCUCUGAAAUCGAGAAAUUCAGUGAGAAAUUCCCAUUGCCUGGUUUUGCUGAUAUUUAAGUGAUGUGUGUUCCGUGCCUCAUGAUUUUUUUUUGUUAAAAAAUAAAUAAAACCCUAUUUUUUAGAUGUAAGACAUAAAAUCCCAAUUGACUACUAACAAACCCAUGUGUUUAUCCAAUAAACUAUGUAAUAAUUUUUAUAGUAAAACAA